GGCACUGCAGUAGCUGAAAUGCGAAAAAGGCAGCAGUCACAGAAUGAAGAAACACCUGCUGUGUCUCAAGCACCUGGAAACCAGAGGCCCAACAAUACGUGUUGCUUUUGUUGGUGCUGUUGUUGCAGCUGCUCCUGCCUCACUGUUAGGAAUGAAGAAAGAGGGGAAAAUGCAGGAAGACCCACACAUACCACAAAAAUGGAGAGUAUCCAGGUCCUAGAGGAAUGCCAAAACCCCACUUCAGAUGAAGUCUUGUCCUGGUCUCAAAAUUUUGACAAGAUGAUGAAGGCCCCGGCAGGAAGAAACCUCUUCAGAGAGUUCCUGCGAACAGAGUACAGUGAAGAGAACCUACUUUUCUGGCUUGCCUGUGAAGACUUAAAGAAAGAGCAGAAUAAGAAAGUAAUUGAAGAGAAGGCCAGAAUGAUAUACGAAGAUUACAUUUCUAUACUCUCACCAAAAGAGGUCAGUCUCGAUUCUCGAGUUAGAGAGGUGAUCAAUAGAAACCUGUUGGAUCCUAAUCCUCAUAUGUAUGAAGAUGCCCAGCUUCAGAUAUAUACCUUAAUGCACAGAGAUUCUUUCCCAAGGUUUUUGAACUCUCAGAUUUAUAAGUCAUUUGUUGAAAGUACUGCCAGCUCUACUUCUGAAUCUUAA